AUGACCCACUGGACCAACCCCAACUUCUUCGCCUACUUUCCCGCCACGCUGUCGUCCGCCGCCCUGUGCGGCGACCUGCUUGCCUCCGCCUUGAACCCCGUGGCCUUCAACUGGCUCUCCUCGCCCGCCGUUACCGAGCUGGAGAGCCUCACGCUGGACUGGCUGGCCCAGCUGAUCCGACUCCCCAAGGGCUUCCUCUUCUCCGCCGGCGGCGGCGGGGUGCUCCAAGCCACCACCAGCGAGGCCAUCCUGUGCACCCUGGUGGCGGCCCGGAAGAUGGUGCUGGAGCGCGCCGGCCACGACGGCGCCGACAAGCUCGUGGUCUACGCCUCCGAUCAGACCCACUCCACCUUCGCCAAGGCCUGCAAGAUCGCCGGCAUCGCACCCGCCAACAUCCGGAUCAUUCCCACGGCCCGGGAAGACUUGUUCUCCCUUCGACCCGACUCGCUGCGGGCCGCCAUGGAGGCUGACACGGCGGGUGGCUUGCUCCCCGCCUACGUGUGCGCCACGGUCGGCACCACCUCCUCCACCGCCGUCGACCCGGUGGCGGGGCUGGCCGAGGCGGCCAGCCGAUUCGGCGCCUGGGUGCACGUCGACGCGGCGUACGCGGGCAGCGCCUGCGUCUGCCCCGAGUUCCGCCACCAUCUAGACGGGGUCGACCGGGUCGACUCCAUCAGCAUGAGCCCCCACAAGUGGCUCCUCACGGGUCUCGACUGCUGCUGCCUCUGGGUGCGGGACCGCGCUCGGCUCACCACCUCGCUCUCCACAGAUCCCGAGUACCUCAAGAACCGCGCCACCGAGUCCGGGGCGGUCGUCGACUAUAA